AUGGAAGAGGAGCUGAAGUGCCCGGUGUGCGGCUCGCUGUUCCGGGAGCCCAUCAUCCUGCCCUGCUCCCACAACGUCUGCCUGCCCUGCGCCCGCACCAUCGCCGUGCAGACGCCCGAGCGCGAGCAGCACCUGCCCGCCUUGCUGCAGCCCCGGGCCCCAGGGGCGGCGGCGGGGCCCGGGCCGGCGGCGGGCUCGGAGGCUGAGUGCGCCGCGGGGGGCGGGAGCGGCGGCGGCGGCGGGGAGCACGCGGACAAGCUGAGCCUGCACAGCGAGAGCGACAGCGGCUACGGCUCCUACACCCCCAGCCUCAAGUCCCCCAACGGGGUGCGGGUGCUGCCGCUGGGGCCGGCCCCGGCCGGCUCCUCUUCGGCGGCUCUGCCCCGCGGGGCGGGCCCCAGCUCGUCCCUCACCUGCCCGCAAUGCCACCGCAGCGCCUCCCUGGACCCGCGCGGCCUCCGCGGCUUCCCGCGCAACCGGCUGCUGGAGGCCAUCGUGCAGCGCUACCAGCAGGGCCGGGCCGCCGCCAAGUGCCAGCUCUGCGACCGCAGCCCGCCCGAGGCCGCCGCCGUGGCGUGCGAGCAGUGCGAGGUGCUGUACUGCGCCGCCUGCCAGCUCAAGUGCCACCCGACCCGGGGGCCCUUCGCCAAGCACCGCCUGCUGCCCCCGCCCAGCCUCCCGGGCGGGCCCGGCAAGGCGGCGGGGGGUGCCCGCAAGUUGCCCACCUGCGCCGAUCACGAGCUGGAGAACUACAGCAUGUACUGCGUGAGCUGCGCUACCCCCGUCUGCUACCAGUGCCUGGAGGAGGGCAAGCACGGCCAGCACGAGGUGAAGGCCCUGGGGGCUAUGUGGAAACAGCACAAGACACAGUUGUCUCAGGCUUUAAAUGGUGUUUCAGAUAAAGCAAAGGAAGCUAAAGAAUUUUUGGUUCAGCUGAAAAAUAUAUUACAGCAGAUACAGGAGAAUGGGUUGGAUUAUGAAGCUUGUCUGGUUGCUCAGUGUGAUGCUCUGGUUGAUGCAUUAACUCGUCAAAAGGCAAAACUGCUCACAAAAGUUACCAAAGAGCGUGAGCACAAAUUAAAGGUUGUUUGGGACCAAAUAAAUCACUGUACUCUGAAGCUACGUCAGUCGACAGGGCUUAUGGAAUACUGUCUGGAAGUAAUCAAAGAAAAUGAUCCCUCUGGUUUUUUACAGAUUUCAGAUGCUUUAAUCAAACGUGUUCAGGUGUCUCAGGAACAGUGGGUCAAAGGAGCCUUGGAACCAAAAGUAUCAGCUGAAUUUGACCUGACUCUGGAUAGUGAACCUUUACUACAGUCAAUUCACCAGCUGGAUUUUAUUCAGAUGAAAUGUAGGGUGCCACCAGUCCCAUUACUGCAGCUGGAGAAGUGUUGUACCCGAAACAACAGUGUGACACUGGCCUGGAGGAUGCCACCCUUUACCCACAAUCCAGUGGAAGGGUAUAUCUUGGAACUUGAUGAUGGAGAUGGCGGCCAAUUCCGAGAAGUGUAUGUUGGCAAGGAGACCCUAUGCACAAUUGAUGGCCUUCAUUUCAACAGUACCUAUAAUGCAAGAGUCAAAGCUUUUAAUUCAUCAGGAGUUGGUCCUUAUAGCAAGACAGUUGUUUUACAGACAUCUGACGUGGCCUGGUUCACCUUCGACCCCUCUUCGGCCCAUCGGGACAUAGUCCUAUCGAAUGACAACCAGACUGCCACUUGUAGUAGUUAUGAUGAUCGUGUUGUUCUGGGCACAGCGGCCUUCUCCAAGGGAGUACAUUACUGGGAACUGCAUGUGGAUCGUUAUGAUAACCAUCCAGAUCCGGCUUUUGGAAUUGCCAGAAUUAAUGUGGUCAAGGACAUGAUGCUAGGAAAGGACGACAAGGCGUGGGCCAUGUAUGUUGACAACAACCGCAGCUGGUUUAUGCAUUGCAAUUCUCAUACAAGUCGGACAGAAGGGGGUGUUUCUAAAGGUGCCACUGUGGGCGUUCUCCUGGACCUAAACAAGCACAGCCUGACCUUUUACAUAAAUGGGCAGCAGCAAGGACCUUCAGCAUUUGAAAAUGUGGAGGGUGUCUUCAUGCCUGCAUUAAGCCUCAACCGAAACGUACAGGUGACUCUGCACACAGGACUGGAGGUGCCACAGAGUGUAAGACAGCCAAAGCUGCCCAGUAACUAACUGAGCUCCUGCUGCCUAACCCUAUGCUGGAUUUUGUAAUCUUUCUAAAUACAAUUUGUCAUUAUUCGCUGUCAGUAGAAAAGCAGUGUCAUCCCUAAAUUAGACUAACACUUAUGCAGAACAUUGCUAACUAGCACUGUGUGAUCUGAUAAUUAAUAUUAAUCCACAUCCAUUUUUAAUUUUACAUUGGUAACAAGAAUGCUUAUAGAAUGUUUUUUUAUUACAAUGGGUGUGCAUUCCUGCAUUUUAGUACAAAAGCACAUAUAUACAGCACACUACAGACACAUAGUGACAGCUAA